AUGACGAUCGCAGAAGAGCUCCGGUCGCGUAACUUCAGUAUAUACGGCCAAUGGGCGGGUAUCAUCAGCAUGGUCCUGUGUUUCGGUCUAGGAAUCGGCAACAUCUUCCUCUUCCACUGGGUCAUCCUGUUUGCCGUGAUAUGCCUCAUUUGCUCGUUCGUCAUCCUCUUCGUCGAAGUCCCUCUGCUCCUUCGCGUCUGCCCAACUUCUUCGACCUUUGACACGUUCAUCCGCCGAUUCGAGACCAACUACAUGCGCGCCGCCAUUUACCUCGCCAUGAGCGUCAUCCAAUGGAUCUCGAUUGCCGUAAAGACAACGAGUCUCAUCGUAGCUGCGAUUGUUCUGCUGAUCACCGCCUGUUUCUAUGCACUGGCUGGAGUCAAGGGUCAAGGCUUUGUUGGAAGCAAGACGUUGGGUGGCCACGGUGUCGCUCAGAUGAUUGUCUAG